UGGAGACUGUCUAGCAGGUUAGGUUGCGCUCCUGGUAUAUGUAACCGGUAGCUGAGCACGCCGCUGCUUCUGUGAAGUGAUCUUGAGCACCUUCGGAGCACAGAGCCCGCCUCAUACAGAAUCUUCAGACGAUUCCAACUAGGUAAAGAAAUGGUUAUGGAGAAGCCAAGUCCCCUGCUUGUCGGGCGGGAAUUUGUGCGCCAAUAUUACACGCUACUCAACCAAGCACCAGACUUCCUGCACCGAUUUUAUGGGAAAAGCUCCUCUUAUGUGCACGGUGGCCUGGACAAUAGUGGCAAACCAGCUGAUGCAGUCUAUGGACAAACUGAUAUUCAUAAAAAAGUGAUGUCCCUGAAUUUUAAAGAUUGUCGCACAAAGAUACGUCAUGUUGAUGCUCAUGCCACAAUUAAUGAUGGAGUCGUCGUCCAAGUCAUGGGCGAGCUUUCCAAUAACAGACAACCUAUGCGCAGAUUUAUGCAGUCAUUUGUCUUGGCGCCAGAGGGCUCUGUGGCAAAUAAAUUUUAUGUACAUAACGAUAUAUUCCGUUACCAAGAUGAGGUUUUUGGUGACUCUGACACGGAGCCACCUGAAGAGUCUGAUGAGGAUGUGGAUGAGCCAGAGGGGAGACAACAAAGCCCGGAUGUAGUUGCCACCGAUGAAGGUGUCUUCUAUGAACAACCUGGGAGUAACAAUGAUGUAGAGGAACAAGUGGAUGAGCAAAUUGUUGAAGCGGAACCUGAACCAGAGCCCGAACAAGAGCCUGAGCCAGAGGCUGAAGCAGUGGAGGAGAAAUGUGAGCCUGUGUCAGAGGAACCCAUUCAAGAAGAGGAAGAGGUGGUGGAAAAGAGCCCAUCCCCACUUCCUGCAGAACCGGCCCCAGCAGUUCAAGAAGACUCUAGGGCUUUCUCUUGGGCGUCUGUAACAAGCAAAAAUCUUCCACCAAGUGGUGCAGUUCCAGUAUCAGGAAUACCGCCGCACGUUGUGAAAGUGCAGGCAUCACAGCCUCGGCUAGAAUCAAAAUCUGAACCUUCAGUGUCCUCACAGCGAGCUCCACAGCGUGAUCAACGAGUCAGAGAACAGAGAAAUACAGUACCACCCCCUCGAGGACCUAGACCUGUCAGAGAAGGUGAACCAGGAGAAGGGGAGACGCGACGUAUAAAUAGGUACCCAGACAGCCAUCAGCUCUUUGUUGGAAACUUGCCUCAUGAUGUUGAUAAAACAGAACUCAAAGAGUUCUUUCAAACAUAUGGGAAUGUUGUAGAGCUUCGUAUAAACAGUGGAGGAAAGCUGCCCAACUUCGGCUUUGUUGUUUUUGACGAUGCGGAACCUGUUCAGAAGAUUUUGGGAAAUAGGCCCAUUGUGUUCAGGGGAGAUGUACGUCUGAAUGUGGAGGAAAAGAAAACUAGAGCUGCAAGAGAGGGUGACCGCCGUGGGGAAAGACCCCGUGGCUUAGGUCCCCGAGGAGGUCUUGGAGGGGGUCUGAGGGGGCCACCUAGAGGUGCGAUGACUCAGAAACCGAGUUUUGCAACGGGAAGGGGGGGUAUGCAAGGCCCACGCCAAUGAUUUGUUCACCUGUCUUCUUGAGUGGGUCCUUCCAUCAAAGGGACACAGUCUUCAUCUGUCCUGCAGCCUUCUUCAAUUUGGGCUUUGGGUGUUUUGGCAUAUUGCCCUAUCAUGACAGACUGCUACACUUCAUCUGUCCCAUCCCAACUUGUUUGUUGCAAUUUACUUUGUUUUUUUGUUUUGCCUUCUUGAUCCUUGUCCCAGAAUCCACCAUUUGCUGAACAAUUACUUUGGAAGAAAAUGGAUGCUUUAAAAAAACAAAAAAAAAACACCCCUGCUUUCAGGAAUUAAAAGGAAUGGAACUAUUAAACACCAUCAUGAAAGAUACUCUUCAAAGCUCCGAUGGGAUGUUUGACGGAUUGCUGUUCACACAAAUUACUACCCUGCUUAGGGAGGCCUAGAUUCCUAGGCGAAAUAUUCAGGUUUUGUUUGUUUAUCCAUUGCUGUGAGUAGAGUUGACAAAAGUAGCUACAAAAACGGCUCCAUCCUGGCUGUUUUACUGCAAACAAAAGGUGUUCAUUGGAAUUUCUGUACUAACACUCAUUUUGUACAGCGCUGUUGGAGUUAAAAUAUGAAACUACUGUUUUACCACUCAAAUUUUGGAUUUUGGGAUAAGUUUUAAAUGUCUAGCUACAUGACUCAAGAUUUGAAUUGUGAAUUUUUAAAAUUUUUGUUUCCUUUUAUUGGGAAUAUUUCCUUGUUUUUAGUUUAUUUGUAAAAAAAAAAAAAAAAAACACUUCAAAAGAGCAAAAUUAUUGUGCCUUCUAUUUAUCUCAUUCCAGUCUUGACAAAUUAUUACAAAUAAACAACGGAAGUCGAAUGUCCCAACUGCUGUUUCAGAAAUUCCCUUUUUGGGGAAGAAAUCUGGUUUUAAAAGGAGAACUAUACUUACUUUAUAUGCUUCAAAGGGCUUGAUAAAAAUGUUACUGACUCGUUUUGUAAAGUGAACGAAAUUUGGACAGAAUUUUCCUUUUGUAGAGGCACAACCGAUGUGGAUAUUUCAAAUUUUCAUGCAUUUUGUUUAAUGUUUUGUAUACAAAUUACAGGUCUUAAUAAUUCAUUCAGUGACAACUCAUAAAAACUGUUCAUCUAAAUUCUGCGGAAUCUGACAUUUUUAUUUAUAAACAUCUUCCCUCUGAAAAAUA